UCGAUUUCAGCCAAAUCGCUAUCUUGUCAGUAAUACAAUCGCAAAUGAACAUGGCCGUCUUUAAAUUUUCUGUUAAUACAGUGGGGCACACGUAAAAUCCGUCCUGUACGCCCUUGCGCAGAAUCCUUCCAGUCUGGUAUACACCUACGGUCUGCGUACAAUGGCUUCCGAUUUGAACCCUUCAAGCGGCUUCUCCAUGGCCACCGGAAUCUAUUACAGUAAAAGAGAUCCUAUCCCUAUUCCUCCGCCACAUCAGCACUUGGAUCUCACCACCUAUGUGUUCUCCCACCCACACAACACCGAAAUAGCAAUCAUUGAUGCGCAAUCUAACGCGCAGCUCUCCUACAGAACGCUACGCCACAAUGUCAGAGCCCUGGCCACUGGUUUGCAGCGUCUCGGGAUUCGAAAGCGCGACGUGGUGCUCAUCAUCUUGCCCAACAUCAUACACGUCCCCAGUAUAUACCUAGCCAUAGUCUCCAUAGGAGCCAUAUUAACCACCGCUAAUCCGCUCAACACAGAGAUCGAGAUACGAAAGCAAGUCGCGGAUUCGAAUCCCGUCCUGGCCUUCGCAGCCCCAGAAUUCGCUCACAAGGCCCGUGCGGCCAAACUGCCUGUCGUUCUCACACAGUCAACGAACCUAACUGCAAAUGACUCUGAAUAUGUUGCUACGCUUCACGAGCUCUUUCAGUCCGAUGUUAAUAACUUCCAGCCAGUUGACAUACAACAGGAGGACACCGCCACGCUUCUCUACUCCUCGGGGACAACAGGAAAGAGCAAAGGAGUGGUUGCGACUCACAGAAAUCAUAUUGCUAUGGUGGCGGGGUUUGUAAACAGUAUCGAUACACAAAACAUAAUUACUCUAUGCACCAUGCCAUUGUUUCACGUCUAUGGGUUUUUCUACUCGGUUAGCUCCGUUGCAACGGGUACGAAGCUGGUUUUGAUGGCCAAAUUUGACUUUGCCCAGAUGCUUGCCAAUGUUGAGCGCUAUAAAGUAACAAGUCUGCCUGUUGCUCCACCGAUUUUUGUGGCCUUAACCAAAUCGCCAAUUGUUACGAAGUAUGAUUUGUCUUCGCUUAAACGCAUUGGCUCAGGCGGAGCCCCGCUGGGAAAAGAGACUAUUGACGAGUUCAUGGCAUUGUUCCCUAAUAUUGAAGUUUCACAGGGUUAUGGAUUGACAGAGUCUAGUGGAGCAGUAACGUUCACAUCAACUGGUGAAGAAAAGAAAAAGUAUGGGACAGCAGGGUUGCUGGCAGCAAAUGUGGAAGCCAAGAUAGUGGACGUUGUUAGUAAAAAAGCUUUGCCUCCGAAUCAACGAGGUGAACUCUGGUUGAGAGGGCCUACAAUUAUGAAAGGUUAUUUUUCUAAUGACGAGGCAACUGCAACAACCUUGGACUCAGAAGGGUGGCUUAAAACAGGAGAUCUGUGUUACUUUGAUGAAGAAGGGUUCCUUUUUGUUGUGGACAGAAUAAAGGAAUUGAUCAAAUAUAAAGGAUAUCAGGUUGCUCCAGCAGAGUUAGAGGAACUCCUCCUCUCAAAUCCAGAGAUAUCAGAUGCUGCAGUUAUCCCGUAUCCUGAUAAGGAAGCCGGUCAAAUACCAAUGUCAUUUAUUGUUAGAAAGGCUGGUAGCAAACUAAACGAAGAAGAUGUUAAAAGUUUUGUGUCAAAACAGGUUGCACCUUACAAAAAGAUACGCCGAGUGGCAUUUGUGACAUCAAUUCCCAAGUCUGCAUCCGGCAAAAUUUUAAGAAAGGAUUUGAUCCAGCAGACCGUCACCUCCUCCAACUUGUGAUUGUCAUCUAAUGAGCGCGUGGAAGAAUAUUCAAACUUCUAUUUAUUUAUCAUGUAUAAUAUAUAUUUUUAAGAAAAAUCAGAACAGCUUUGUUUUAAGGGGGUUAGCGAGCACCUUGUAAAUAUCUACAGGUCUGUGCAAAAAUGUGUACAUGCUGCUCCAUUUAUUUUAAUUCUGAAGAAGAACUUGCCGGAAAGAAUAUCAAUAUGAAAUCCCAAGCCUCUAAAAUGUACAAAAGCUCUAAAUCUUAAAAUUUAUAAUUUAUUAGUUACGAAAAAAAAUUUAAAUUGUA